AUGUCUGCAGAAGAAGCAGUCACCGAUGCACUUCAGACACCUCUUGACUCCAAUGCGCAGGCUGCAGAGGAAACCAAAAAGUUGUUAGCUGAGAUGCAAAAUGAGUCAGGCCCAUCCGAGGCUGUCAAACACACCAAUGGGGACACCAAUGGCGCAAAGUCUGAGGACAAAGCUCCAAAGGAAGAGAAAGUAGAUGCUGGCGAGAAGGAUGAAUCAGAGGACAAGCCGUCGGGAGACAGAAGUCGCGAUUCAGACAGACACAGAGACAACCGACACCGCGAUAAUGAUCGAUCAGAUCGCAGAGGUCAGCGUCCUAAUCGCGGAAGAGGGCGAGGCGGAAAUGAUCGAAAUGGCUAUGGCAACCGCAACUACCGAGACAAUAUCAAAUCCGUCUUCACCGACCAACAAGAGAGCUCUGAUCCCGUCGCAAUUCGCAAACAGGUUGAAUUCUACUUCUCCGACUCCAAUUUGCCCAAGGAUAAGUUCCUUUUCGAGCAAACUGGUGGCUCUGAAAACAAGCCCGUCCCUCUUUCAGCCAUCCACUCCUUCAAGCGAAUGCGCCACUUCCAACCCUUUUCCGCAAUUGUUGAUGCACUAAAAGAAUCUACUUUCCUCGAGCUUGCAGAAGAUGACACAGCUGUGCGACGCCAAAAGGCUUGGGAGCCAACGGUUGACAACACCGGUGCUAUGCGAAGAAGCAUCUAUGCCAAGGGCUUUGGCGAAGAAGUUCCCAGUACCCAAUUCGAUAUUGAGGCAUAUUUCUCCGAGUUCGGCGCUACCAACGAAGUUCGCUUACGACGUUCCGAUGAGAAGCUAUUCAAGGGUAGUGUAUUUGUCGAGUUCGAAACUGAAGAGCUCGCCAAGGCAUUCCUCGAACAAGAGAACAAGCCCAAAUUCAAGGACAACGAUCUUCAGAUCAUGAGCAAGAAGGAAUACUGCGACAAGAAGAAUGAAGAUAUCAAGGCGGGUAGACUCAAGCCCAACACCACCCUUGAGAAAGGUGGCAGGCCAUAUGACCGAGACCGCCGAGGUGGUGAUUCCAAGCGCAAGCGUGAUAACGAAGACAACCGUGACUGGAGAUCUCGCCGAGACGAAGACCAAAAGCGCGGGUUUGGAAAUGACAGACGUCGAGGUGGAGGUGAUCGCCAUCGCGGUUCAGGUCACGGAGGUGGCAGAUCCAGUGGCCCAGCAACGGAUGACCGGGGAAUUCCCACUGUCAAAUCGAGCUCAGCAGAGAAUGAAAACGCUCGAGAUGAUGCCUUGGCAAAAGCAAGAGCAGCUGUCGAAGCCGAGCAGAAGAAGGAAACUACCGAGAAGGUCGAUGUGGAAGCCUCAGAGACCAAAAAGCGAGCCCGAGAGGAUGACGAUAGCGCAGACGCAGACCGAGAAGCAAAGAAAGUCGACGUCAAGGACGGACCGGUCGCUGCUUCUUGA